UGGUGGUUACAUUAGGAGCCUUGAUUACCGGUCUGUUAAUUUUUAUUGUCUGUGUCCUCUUCCUAUUUCUCGUAUACGUGAAAUGGAAUUUCGGGAUUUUCAAGAGAAUGGGGGUCAAAGGGCCACCCCCUCAUAUUUUGUUUGGAAAUCACAUGACCAUCGCUAAAAAGGGAUUUGCGGAAGCCGACAUGAUGUGGUGGAGGGAAUAUGGAGAUGUAUUUGGAUACUUUAGCGGCAGAUCACCAAUGUUGGUUGUGGCAGAUACGGACAUAUUAAAAGAGAUUCUUGUCAAGCAAUUCCAAAACUUCACAGAUCGAGCAGUUCUACGGGGUUUCAGUGGUGACUUGGAAGAAAAUCUGAGUGCCCAGCAGGGAAAAGCAUGGAAAAGUUCGCGAACAAUAUUAUCCCCUACUUUUACAUCUGGAAAACUCAGGAAGAUGGACUCGUUGAUAAAUGAAGCUGGCAAUGCACUUGUUCAACACAUUAAAAGAAAAAUCAAAGAGAAUGAUGAAGUAGACUUCGUGAGGUUGUUCGGAUGUUAUACCAUUGACGUCAUUGCCUCCACUGCAUUUGGAAUCAAAAUUGAUUCACAAAGAGACCCCGAGGACAAAUUUGCGCGAAUGGUCUCACAACUUAUAAAUGUACCACUCAGCUCGCCUCUACUGUCUCUUGCUUUUACAUUUCCCGAACUUUCGAGGCCAAUUGCUAAACUUUUCAAAGUUAGUUUCUUGAACAAGGAGGCAUCUGCGUUUUUCAAGAAAGAAAUCGAAAAAGAGUUUAACACAAGAGAUCCUAGUAAAAAGGAAUAUAUAGAUUUCAUCCAGUUGAUGAGGGACGCCCAUAAUGACAAUCCACAGGAAACGGACGAAAAAAGAGGAUUAACUACUACUGAGAUCAUCGCUAACUGCCUGCUGUUCUUCUUUGCCGGCUAUGAGACCACUGCCGUCACGCUGUCUUUUUUUGCUUACAUGCUGGCUCUCCAUCCGGAAGUUCAGCAGCGGGUGUACGAAGAGAUCGUGUCAGAACUAGGUGAUGAAGAACCAGGCUAUGACAACAUCGGAAAGUUACAGUAUAUAGAUAUGUGCAUCAAUGAAACGAUGAGAAUAUUCCCUGUAGCUCCAAGGACUGACAGAACAUGUAUUCAGGAUACUGAAGUAAAUGGACUUAAGAUACCUAAAGGCAUGAAGAUUGCGAUACCGAUUUGGAUUUUACACCAUUCCGAUAAACUCUGGGAAGAUCCUGCAAAAUUCGACCCAGAAAGAUUUUCAGCGGAAAAUAAAGCCAAGAUGAAUCCAUAUCAGUUCAUGCCUUUCGGGUAUGGUCCCAGAAUAUGUAUCGGAAAAAGACUGGCUCUGACCGAGAUCAAAGUAGCCUUGACCAAAGUUCUCAGAGAGUUUGAAUUAACAACAUGCUCCAAAACGAAUAUACCACCUAAGUUGACACACGUAGGCCUUGUUAAACCUGAAAAUAUGUGGCUGAAGGUGACCAUGAGAUGACAUGCUCAAUCAAAAGUUAAUGAUACAUACAUGCAGUGUAUUGAACAACCUUCAUGUAAUUAUUAAGUGCAAGAUCAAUGGGUGGAAAUUGUGUUUUGAUUAUUUUAAACAGUAAGCUUUAGUAAGAUUUUCUUUCUUUCCAGCUGAAUAACACAAUGAAUAAAAUUUAGCAAUUCACAAA